UUUUCGCUUGUUUGGACGCGGGCGAUAUUUUUAUUUUAAUGUUGUAGUUCGAUGCAAGUACUAAAUAUUAACGCAUUCGCUGGAGUUCUUAGAAAUUGUGAAUGAAGACUUCUAUACUGUGUCUUCAUUGAACUUUCUACUGCCAUAAUAUUUUUUGUCUAUCGCGUGUUAUUACUACCGGGACUCGGCAGGAAAUUGAAACCCGUAUCAUAAUAAUGAUGAGUUUAUUCCUUCGCCUCACCCUACUUCUACUCGCAUUGAAUAUAUUAUUAUCAUGCGAGGCAUAUGGCACUUACGGCGGCUCUGGAAAACCUGUUGGAGGUAAACCAGUGAAGAACCCCAUGUUCGUGCAGGGCACGACUACCGGCGUUCCCGGACAGGCCGCGAGCCGUGGCCUCGGCGUGUCCGCCUGGGGCAUCGUGGUAAUUAUUUUAGGUGUGAUACUCGGGGGAAUGAGCUUCUAUUACUUUUCUAUGUGCUACCCUAUUUUGUGCAAAAAAGAGCGAAAAUAUGACCCGAUUCACAUAGAUACUGCAUAAUUUGAAUGUCUUAAAUGGAAUAUCAAUUCAUAUCAUCAUCAACAUGACCUAUUAACGAAAUUCAAAUUUUUACAUAGAAAAUUGUAUUGUUAUAACUACUUUUGAAAAAUAAUCCAUAUCUUGCCAAAAGACUGGUACUAAAAGUGAUUCAUAAUGUAACUUGCAAUAUAAGUAAUUAUUGUUACUAAUAAAAUUGCAAGAAUUGGUCUUCCCUGGCCUGGAAUCCCUUGACUUCCUCAAGAUUUCCCAAGUAGCAUUUAAAUCAUCAAAUAAAUUGUGUUCAUCCUUAAUGUAUAACUUAGUAUAGUUAGUUGAAAACCAUAUUUUGUAAGGCAAUUUAUGCCAUUUUAACAUGGGUGCCAUAAAUAUAUUUCCCUAAGAUAUUAUAGCAUAAAAUUAAAUAUAUUCUACUCACUAACUUAAUUUUAUAUGCUAUCCAAAGUUGGCAUCCAAAAGUUUCUCAUCAGAAGCUAUUUUAAAAUUUUAGAUCUUUUUGAAUAGAGAAAAAUCGGGUCUAUUCCCAAUUAUACCCACCAGGUAUAUAUAGGAAAAGUUGCAUGCAUAUGAAUCAUUUCCAUCUGUCCCCACUUGUCUUCAUGGUGGUGGGGACAAAUGGGAAUACAUAAAAAAUCUAGUGAUUUUCGACGUGUUUUCGACAGUUAUCUGUUAUACCUGUCACACUUUGCCUUGUCCUAAUUGGUUCAGUAUUAUCUUGACUAAUGGUUAGUUUAGAA